GCAAGCUUUGCUUUGAAAGGGAUAAGCGAGGCUAGUCUUACGUUUGGGCUCAGUAGUUACAAGAUCUCUUUGCUUUAAUGAAGUCACUCGUUGCCAGGCACUCGCUAGCAAUGUGGGUAUGUUUGUUGACUUGGGAUCCAUUGCGGAGAGUCCUCAGCUUUUCCAUUUUGUCACAUUCGAGAAGAUGGAACAAAUCAAUAGUAAGGAGGGCGAGAUUUAGCGACGAAUUGGUAGAUCGACGGUCACUUUUGUCCAAGGUAGCAAUCGCAACUAUGACAAUGACAGAGACAGUAGCUACAGUGCUCAAUCCGCAACCCGCUAUUGCCGCGGUGGAUGCAACCACAACGAUUCAAGGCAUUCGUGACGCCCGCAAUACACUGACAAAACUGCUGGAGAACUGGGAAAAGGCCGUAAUUGAUUGCACUUUUGCCGAUGUUCCACGAGAACUACUCGAAACGAAAAACAAGGAGCAGUUGCUUGAAAAGGCCUCUACAUUUGCGCUCUUUGACAAAUCGGUAUCAGUCACGUCAUGUAAAACUUCUAACCGAUUGGUUCGAGAUUACAUCGGUAGUACAGGAAAGGGACCGGUGGUAGGCCUGGAAAAGAAGUUGCGACAAGCUUUGGAGUUUGUAAAGGACGGAGAGGAUACUGAUAUGUACGUGCAGACUACGGAGAAUAUAUCACAAGCCUUAUCGCGCGCCGGGUCGUUGAGCUACGCCGCGGGGGUCGCCGAUUUUGCCUCUGUCAAUAAUUUUGAUGUCAAAGAAACGCCAAAGGUCCUAAGUAACGAGAGUAGCAAUUUGGAGCAAGCCCGCAGGGCGAUUCGAGAAACAGUCGACGGCCUCGACACUAUUCUGCCAAUGUUGUCAGAAACGUAUUGA